AUGCAUAGUGCAGAAGCAAACUACAAUGGGAAGAUUUGGUUCGUUGUUAAUGAAAAUGUGGAUGUACAUGUUGUAUCAGAUACAGAACAGGAUAUUACCUUGAAGUUAUUUCUGCAGGAGCACAAUAAACAUAUGAUUACUACACUAGUUUAUGCUAAAUAUGAUGAUCAUGAGAGGUUGCAAUUAUGGGAUAGUAUAUAUCAUUUGUCUGCUAUCAUAGAUAUACCUUGGAUGGUAGGAGGAGAUUUUAAUGUGGUUCUAAAUGAGGAAGACAAAAUUGGUGGCACUCCUAUUGUCCCUCAAAAUUAUGAAGACUUUGCCUUUUGUAUAAAUUCUUGUGAGCUGGAGGAAAAAUCUCUCAAAGGCUCUGACCAUGCUCCAUUAUUUAUCACCUUGUGCACUGAUAUUCUAAACUUUAUAAAGCCUUUCAGGUUUCUAAAGUUUUGGAUUGAUCAUGAAGAUUUUCAGGAUAUUGUUAAAGACAAUUGGCCUGGGGACAGUGAUGGAGAUCCUUUUCUGAAUUUCAAGAAAAAGAUUAAACAAGUUAAAGGGGCAUUAUCAGCUUGGAGUAAGGUGGCUUUUGGUGACAUUUUCAAACAACUCAUCAUAAGGGAGGAGAUUGUGAGGGUGAAAGAACAGCUAUUUGAAGAAGAACCAUCAGUGGAGAAUAGAUGGAUUCUGCAACUAGCACAAGCAGAAACGAAGAAAUAUUUGCAUUUUGAGGAAGAAUUUUGGAAACAAAAAUCUGGUUAUACCUGGUUUGCUGAGGGUGAUAGAAACACAAAGUUUUUCCAUAGUUUUGUCAAUGGUAUACGAAAAAGACUACAAGUGAAGAGAAUUCAGGAUGCUGAUGGAGUAUGCCUUGAGAAUGAGGAAGAAAUUGCUCAAGAAGAUGAAUUUAAAAAGGCAGCUUUUGAUUUAAAAAGUGAGAGUGCUUGUGGUCCAGAUGGAUUAUCAGGAAGUUUUUAUCAGGCUUGCUGGAAUAUAGGUAGGAUGGAUGUCUAUAAAGUAGUAAAGGCAUUCUAUAAAGGUCAUACCCUUCCAAAGUCUGUCACACACACAAAUCUGGUGCUCCUUCCUAAGAAGGAGGUGGUUCAGCAGUUCACAGAUUUGAGGCAUAUGAGGUUGAGUAACUUUAUUAAUAAAGUUAGUUCUAAAGUUGUGCACUGGGAGGCUAGAUAA